AUGGUAAUAAUCAUACAAGUACGACAUGAGUUAGUAGUUAUUACAUCAAAACAAACUAGAGUAACGGCUCAUAGCGAACGAAAUAUAGAAAUAGAAAGGCACAUCGACGUACACGCGGCGCAAAUAGCACAUGACUUGAAAGCAGUGACAAAGCGUCUGACCGAACAGGCCAAGCGGCAGGGCUCACCAGACAAUAUCUCAAUAAUUGUGGUGUUCCUAAAGGAUCCGCGCGACAUCGACGCCUACAUCUGCCCGCCCAUGGAUCUUGGGCUGGACAACGCGUUGUCGAACGUUCCACCGUACGCCACUGAAUCGGACGGCCGAAAGCCGGACGCCGUGGCGAUGGGUGUGGACGAGUGUGACGCCGAGGCCGAGGCUGACGCUGACAACGGUGUGUCGGAUAGUGACAGCGAGGACCUCGGCCCCGAGACUGCUGUGGACGCCGACGAUGCAGACGCCGACGUGCGCCACCACGAGCCGGCGCCUCCGACGCCCCCCGCGCAUGCCGUGGAGGAAGGCCACGUCGACGGCGUCUUAGUGGAUAAUGUAGCUGAGAGCGGCGAAGACUCUGAGGACGAGUGGAACUAUUAUAAGGGCGAAGGCGAACUAGAACGCAACGAAAACAACCCUAGCGAGGAGGUUGACGAGCCACCUCGCUCUGACACACCUUGUCAAGACAACUCCGCGUCUGAAAGUAGUUCAGUAGACAUGAAUAGUUCACCACUAAACCCAGACGCCCCAGUCUUUGUGCCUGGGGUAGUAGCAGGGUCUGAUGUGUUGCUGGCAGAGUCACCACGCAAACCACAGCCAAUGGAUGACAUUGAGCUGCCUGAUGUUGCUCAGUUCCAGACUGAAGCAGUCAUCAGGCCUGCUGAGUUACUAGACUUAGACAAUUCAGAUCAUCUUAAUGGUCAUCAUAAUGUUUCAAUGGACAGCACAACUGAACCACUAAAUGGAAAUAAUAAAUGCAAUAUGGACAGUCUAGGAUUUGGGUUUAAUGUAGAUGUUGAAACUGAUAAGAAUAAAGAUACUGGUCUUAUACAAGAAUUAGAAAGAAUACAAAAGGAUACAACAGAUUAUUGUGAUAUACAGGUGUUUCAAGCACAUACUGAAACAAAUCCAUUUGAUGAUAGAGAUGAUGAACUGUUUGAAAGACUUAAAAAUAAGGAAAGAGAUCCUAUGAGUAUGAGUUUUUAUCAGGAAAAAGAUGAUGAUACUUGUGAAAGAUUUGCUAAAAGUGAAGGUCAUGUUGAUCUUAAUGCUGUCCAACUUUUACCUGAUAGUGAUGAUGAAGAUAUACAGACAAAUGGAGCUUGUGAUAACUUAAAUGAAGAUGAUAAGGAAAAUGUUUCUCCAGAAAAUAGGAUUGGUUUAUUAGAAACUGAAAAUGUUGAAGAACCAAACAAUGAUAUUGUAAAGUUUGAUGAUCGGACAGACGUUGCUGUCAGCAAUGUUACAAAUUUAGAUAACUUCAUGGAUUACAAUAUUAACAAUGCAAACAAUAUGCAGACUUAUUCUAAUGCUGAAUAUGAUUGCAACAACAUUCCACAAAAUGUAUUACAGACUGAUACCCCUGAAUCUCACAAGUUACUUUUUGAACAAAUUCCCGAAAUACCAGAUGGAAAGAGUUCAGAACUAGGUUUUACAAAUGAGGAUUUACAAGAUCAUUCAGAAAGUGAGAGGGAAGUUAGAGUUAUUACACCACAAGAUGAAAUAUCUCAAGAUAUUGGUUUAGAAAGUAAAUUCGAAGAGUCACCACUAGAGGACAUAAAACCAGAAUUUAUUUCGAAUGAUAAAGUAAAUGAUAUUCAUCUUGAAAGUGACCACCAGCCAGAAGAAAGUAAAAAUGAGCAUGCUCCAGAAAUAACUAAUCAGUUUGAUUCAGCUGAAGAUCGAGCUUCAUUAUCAAACUCUGCAAUUAUUGAUCAGACAGAGGUGAUUAUGCAUCAAGUACCAGUGGACACUGAAGAAAAUGUUCGAAAUGAGGUUACUGAACAAAUUAAUCAAAAACCUGACAUUGUAAACAAUAUGAACAAUGAUAUUCCUCAUGAAAUUGAAGGUUCAAACUCUGAUUUAAUAUUAACAGAUAAUUCUAUAGACACACCCGAAAUUCGAUUUGACACAGACUUUGUAUCAACACAAAUUCAAGACAGCAUUGUUUCAAAAACGCCAUUACCAUGUGAAUCUCCAGCAGCAUCACUUCAUAGCGAAUCUCCAUUACCAGUUGAGCAAGACGAAAUCUCGGUAUCGUUGGCUGUAGAAGGCAAAUCUCCUAUUCCUGCAAGUGAAUUUGAAAAUAACUUAAAAUCGACUUCACCACUACCAGCAAUCUCACCCAUUCCAACAGACUCGAUCUUUGAACCAACAUCACCAGUACCAAAUGAAGACAGUUCUGUAGCUCCUUUACCUGCUGAGGUACCGCUUCCAAGAGAAUCACCUGCGCCUUCUGAUUCGUCAUUACCUCACGAAACUCCUUGUAUGGAAGAGGAUCUACAUGCCGAUUCUUCUCUACCAAGUAACUCACCUCUUCCAACAGAAUCAGUAUUAGUUACAGAAUCUACAUUACCAGUUAAAUCUCCAGUGCCUGUUGAUAAUUUAGCGCCUAGUGACACUGACAUAAAUGUUGAACCCUCAUCUCUUGCAGCUUCUUCACCCUUGCCCACUGAGGACUCAUUAUUGCGAGAAUCACCUUCACCUAUUGAGCCAUCUGUUCAAAAAGAAUUGUUGGCCUUUGAACAAGCUGUUCAGAGUGAAUCACCUCAACCUACAGAUAAUAUUAUAGUAGAAAAUGAAAUUAUUCCUAAUACCACAGAACAAUUUGCUACAAUGGAAUCAUUUGAAUAUCAUAAAGAAUUUGAACACAAAGAAUCACCUGUGCCCAGUGAAGUAUCGGAACCUAAGGAAUCGCCUUUGCCUACUGAUCAAGUGAUUUCUGAAUCACCUUUGCCUGCUGAACAUCUUUCUCCAAAAGUUUCGCCAAUACCAACCGAAUGCAGUGAACCGACCCUACCAGUAGAUGACAUUCAGGUAGCAGGGUCACCUUUGCCUCAUGAAGUUUUACCAGAACAUGUAUCGCCUGUUCCAGAAUCAUUACAACGGAUAGAAUCUACAUUAUCAGAAGCACCUGAAGCUGAUGAAGCUACUUUAUUAACACAAACACCAUCACAAUACGAAUCUACUUUAUUAACACAAACACCAUUACAAUAUGAAUCUAUUCCACAAGUGGAAUCAGCUCAAACUCUUGAACCAUCACAUCAAAUAGCAUCUCCAAUAUCAUCGCCUGUUCCAACUGAAAUAGUAACAAUCACAGAAACCAUAGAAUCAACAUCUACCGCUCCCGCUGUUUCCCCUGUACCUGCAAAAUCUCCUGUGGCUUCAACGACUCUUUCCAUAGAAGAUAUUCGGCAAUCGGACAUAGCAGAAAAAGUAGCCGAUAUGCCAAAUGAAUUAAGACUGACGACCGAAGAACCCCAAGAGAUCACCUCUGUUGCAGCGGAAUCUGCUGUCGCACCACAAACAGAGGCAUUAGUCACUGAAUCUACUGCGGGACCCACACCAGAUAUUGUACCUGAUGAGCGUGUAGAUUUACAACAAACGCGGAUUGAACUCGUGACCGAUAUCGAGAUUGGCAUACCUGAGUCGCGGGCGCAAGAAAUCUGCGUUCCAGUUACUAGUGAGAUUCAACAGGAUGACGUCGUGCAACCGAGUGCAGCGACUCCACCUCCAACUCCUGCUGUAGAGCCUCAGCAAGUUGUGCCCGCUUCCUUGGAUAUUCCUCCACUCAGUGAAACGCCAAUUGCCGCUGACACGAGCACAAUUGCGGCGGCUGCGGCGGCCACUGCGGGAGUGGCAGCCGUCGCCGCAGUCACGGCAGCCAAAGCGAAGCCGAAGACACCUCUCACGAAAAAAUCUCCGACUACACCCACUGCGAAAGCGCCGAAGUCAACGCCGAAACCGCCAACUCCACGUACCCCGGCAUCUGCCACAAAGAAGCCUGCAACUGCAUCGGCAUCGCCAGCAUCGCGGCCUCUCUCGGCCUCUAAAGCGGCGGUCGCAAGAACUUCGUUAACAGCUAAACCUCCGACACCUUCCACCAAGGUCACCAGCAAACCGAGCGCGCCUUCUAGAACGACUUCAGCGUCAAAACCGGCAGUGAAGACUGUGCCGGCACCCGCAAAAGAAGUUCCCGUGAAGGAGACACCCGUAGUCUCCAAAGCCGCGCCGACUACUCGAACGGUGGCCCGUGCGCCAAACAAGCCACCGAGCUCCAAACCCGCUCCUUCCACAACUAAAACGACAACAAAGCCGGCCACGGCCGCCGCGCCGCGCCCCAUUACACGACCUGCCGCAAGACCCGCUUCGGCCGCCGCUGUGACUGCCGCGGCUGCCACCGCCGCUACCACUGCCACCACUGUCACAGCCGCCGCGAAGCUAAAGGAGACGAAGCCGAAGGCCCCCGAGAAGAAACCCCUCGUGAAUGGCGAUGUGAAGACAGCGAAGCCAGCGCCAAAACCGGCUCCGAUCACACGACCCGCGCCGCGCCCCGCUCCCCGCGCCGCCCCUCCCGCCACCACAGCACCCGCUAAGCCCGCUGUUCCACGUGCGGCGGCUCGAACUCCUUUGGACAAGCAAAGCAAAGACCUCGCUAACAAGCGCAUCACUGCCAAAACCGCACCUUCGAGGACUGCUCCCAUCAAGGCCCCAGGCGUAAAAAGCGCUGUCACGAAGACUGGUCCCAAGAAGGUAGAGUUGCCGAAGAAGGAAAUUGCGCAGAACGGGCUCGCGAACGGCGACGAGUUGGCCAAGCCGCCGCCCAGCCCGCCGCUCGCCGACAACGCGCUGCUGCCCGACGUCAUCGCGUAG